AUGGUUUCUAAGACCCUCCUGCUCGCUCUCGCCCCCGCGGCUGCGGUCGCCCAGUCCCCUCUGUGGGGCCAGUGCGGUGGCAUCGGUUGGACCGGUCCUACGACCUGCGCUUCUGGCUCGGUUUGCCAGAAGAGCAAUGACUACUACUCGCAGUGUGUGCCUGGGUCUGGCGGCGGCACCCCUACCACCACUGGAGGCAGCACCACCCCGACCAACGGCGGCGGCAGCAACGGCGCGAACGACCUGAACGACAAGUUCAAGGCCAAGGGCAAGCUCUACUUCGGCACGGAGAUCGACUCGUACCAUCUCAACAACAACGCGUUGACCACCGUUGUCAAGAACGACUUUGGUCAAAUCACCCACGAGAACUCGCUCAAGUGGGAUGCUACUGAGCCAAGCCGCGGCAACUUCAACUUCGCCAACGCCGACGCCGUCGUCAACUUCGCGACCUCCAACGGCAAGCUCAUCCGCGGCCACAACCUCCUGUGGCACUCCCAGCUGCCCUCGUGGGUGUCGGCCAUCAACGACCGCAACACCCUGACCUCGGUCAUCCAAAACCACGUCACCACCCUGGUGACCCGCUACAAGGGCAAGAUCCUUCAGUGGGACGUCGUCAACGAGAUCUUCGCCGAGGACGGUUCCCUCCGCGACAGCGUCUUCAGCCGCGUGCUGGGCGAGGACUUCGUCGGCAUCGCCUUCAAGGCCGCGCGCGCCGCCGACCCCAACGCCAAGCUGUACAUCAACGACUACAACCUGGACAUUGCCAACUACGCCAAGGUCACCAACGGCAUGGUCGCCCACGUCAACAAGUGGAUUUCCCAGGGUAUUCCCAUUGAUGGUAUCGGUUCGCAGUGCCACUUGGCUGCUCCCGGUGGGUGGAACUCGGCUUCGGGCGUUCCCGCUGCGCUGAAGGCGCUUGCUGCGUCGAAUGUGGCGGAGAUUGCGAUUACGGAGUUGGAUAUCUCGGGUGCUGCGGCCAACGACUACUUGACGGUUAUGAACGGCUGCUUGGCGGUGCCCAAGUGCGUGGGUAUCACCGUUUGGGGUGUCUCGGACAAGGACAGCUGGCGGUCGAGCGACAACCCGCUGCUGUUUGAUGGCAACUACCAGCCUAAGGCGGCGUACAAUGCUCUGGUCAGUGCUUUGUAA